AUGGACCUGGGAGCACCGUCCAAUUGGAUUGGAGGAGAAAAGCUGACAUGGGCACUGGCAAAGAAGAAGCUUGUAUCAACUCCAAGAGACUACUUCCUGGACCUAGACAUGGGCCAAGCACAGAGUACCCCCCUCUCCCUCCUUCUCGCUAAUUUCGGGGAUGUAAAGUCCCGAGGACACAACUUCAGUCUGGAUAUCCGGAGAAGAAAACUAAUUACCUUCUGCCGCUCUGAAUGGCCAACUUUCGGGGUUGGCUGGCCCACCGAGGAACCUCCUGCGGCCCCUCCCGGAGGGUCACCCAGGCCAGAACCGGAGGACCGAGAGGCAGAGGCACUACCGGUCCCCCUGCCCAAUGAAAAUAAUUCCCAGGGGCCGGCUGGGCGCACUCGCGGACGCACUCAGCGCGACCCAGGGUUCCGCCAUCCUGAUUCCACCAUAGCCCUACCCCUGCGAGAAAUAGGCCCUCCCGAUGAGACAGGGAACCCCCGACUCCAGUAUUGGCCAUUCUCUACCAGUGACCUAUAUAAUUGGAAAACCCAGAAUGCCCGUUUUUCUGAUAAUCCUAAAGACUUGAUAGCUCUUCUAGAUAGCGUUAUGUUCACUCAUCAGCCCACCUGGGAUGACUGCCAACAGCUCCUCCGGAUCCUAUUCACUAACGAAGAACGGGAGCGAAUCCAGCUGGAGGCGAGAAAACUGGUUCCUGGAGAUAAUGGUCAACCUACCGCUAACCCUGACCUCAUCAAUGCAGCUUUUCCCUUAACUCGCCCCCCGCAGGAUGAAUGGGACUAUAACACCGGAGAAGGUAGGGGACGACUGCUCAUUUAUCGCCAGACUCUAAUGGCGGGUCUCCGGGCUGCCGCGCGCAAGCCCACUAAUUUGGCCAAGGUAUAUUCAAUCGUACAAGGUAAAACAGAAAGUCCCUCCUCUUAUUUAGAAAGAUUAAUGGAAGCCUUUAGGCAGUAUACCCCUAUGGAUCCAGAGGCCCCCGAAAAUCAGGCCGCCAUUGUAAUGUCCUUCGUUAACCAGGCAGCCCCUGAUAUUAAAAAGAAACUCCAGAAGUUAGAAGAUCUGGAGGGCAAACAGAUACAGGACUUACUCCGUAUCGCCCAGCGCGUCUUUAAUAACCGGGACGCCCCAGAGGAUAAACAACUUAAAGCCACUGAGAAAAUGACUAAAGUCUUGGCGGCCAUUGUUCAGAAAGAUCAAGAGGGCCCCCCAGCCACUCGACCUCCCAGGCGACCAUUGGACAGAGAUCAAUGUGCCUAUUGCAAGGAAAAGGGCCACUGGGCUCGGGAAUGCCCCAAGAAAAGGCAGCCGCGCCCCAACCAGGGGCAAUGGCAACCGAACGCCACCCCAGUCCUGUUUACGCAUGAUACAAAGUAGGGGGGACGGGGUUCGGACCCCCUCCCCGAACCCAGGGUAACCCUACGAGUGGAGGGGAAACCAGUCCAAUUCCUGGUGGAUACAGGGGCACAGCAUUCGGUCUUGGUUAAGCCCCACGGGAAAAUUUCUAACAAAUCCUCCUGGGUCCAGGGAGCUACGGGAGCCAAACGUUACCUUUGGACCACUCAGAGAACUGUGGACUUGGGCACGGGAAGGGUAACCCAUACCUUUCUGGUCAUUCCCGAUAGCCCUUGCCCCUUACUGGGGAGAGACUUACUCACUAAAAUGGGGGCACAAAUUCAUUUUCGGCCAGAGGGGCCAAUCGUAACAGACCCUCACGACCAACCCAUAUCUGUGCUCACCCUGAACUUGGAAGAUGAGUACCGACUUCACCAGGAACCACCCUCCCAAAAUCAAGAUAUAGAGUCAUGGCUUCAGCAGUUCCCCGAAGCAUGGGCAGAAACAGGGGGGGUGGGACUAGCCAAACACCGCCCAGCCCUAUUCAUAGAGAUCAAACCGGGGGCAGAUCCUGCACGUGUCCGACAGUAUCCCAUGCCCCUAGAGGCCAAGACUGGUAUCACUCCUCAUAUUCGCCGGCUUCUUGACCUGGGGAUACUGCGUCCCUGCCAGUCGGCCUGGAAUACACCCCUGCUGCCAGUCCGCAAACCUAACAGUAAAGACUACCGCCCAGUGCAGGACCUGAGGGAAGUCAACAGACGGGUCAUAGACAUCCAUCCUACUGUGCCCAAUCCAUAUACUCUUUUGAGCGCCCUUAGUCCAGAAAAACAAUGGUAUACUGUGCGGGACCUCAAAGAUGCCUUUUUUAGUUUACCCUUGGCGCCCAAAAGUCAAGAACUCUUUGCCUUCGAAUGGUCAGAUCCCGAGAGAGGUAUAAACGGACAACUCACCUGGACCAGACUUCCCCAAGGAUUCAAAAACUCGCCUACCUUGUUUGAUGAGGCCCUACACGAGGAUCUCAGUGAGUACCGGAGACAAAACCCCAAUGUAACCCUCCUGCAGUAUGUUGAUGAUCUCUUAAUAGCUGCUGAGACCGCUGAAGCCUGCCUGCAGGGAACCAGAAACCUCCUACGGACUCUCGGCACCCUGGGAUACCGAGCCUCUGCCAAGAAAGCACAGAUCUGCAGGCCUGAGGUAACUUACCUGGGAUACCUAUUGAAAGGGGGGCAACGAUGGCUCACAGAUGCACGGAAGGAAACCGUCCUCCGCAUCCCCAGACCCACCACGCCUCGACAGGUGAGGGAAUUUUGGGGGUCGGCUGGGUUCUGCCGUUUAUGGAUACCCAAAUUUGCUGAAAUGGCCAAACCGCUAUACCUAGCCACCAAAGAGCAGACGCCCUUUGAAUGGACAAAAGAGGCUGAGCAGUCAUUUCAGCAGAUCAAAACUGCCUUGCUAUCCGCACCCGCCCUGGGUCUCCCUGAUGUCUCCAAGCCCUUCCACCUCUUUGUAGAUGAAAGCAAAGGCAUAGCUAAGGCCGUAUUGACCCAGCCCCUCGGUCCUUGGCCCAGGCCUGUUGCUUACCUAUCAAAAAAAUUGGACCCAGUGGCUGCCGGCUGGCCUCCUUGCCUCCGGAUGAUCGCCGCCACGGCCCUAAUGGUAAAGGAUGCUGACAAACUAACUAUGGGGCAGGAGUUACAUGUUACCACCCCCCACGCCAUCGACGGGGUUCUCAAACAGCCUCCCGACCGAUGGAUGAGCAACGCUCGAUUGGUCCACUACCAGGGUCUACUAUUAAAUCCCCUCAGAAUCAGCUACACUCCGCCGCGGGCAUUAAACCCUGCCUCCCUAUUACCUGACCCAGAUUUGGACUCCCCACUCCAUGACUGUGCAGAGGUAUUGGCCCAGAUCCAUGGGGUUCGGGAAGACCUACGUGACCAGCCCCUACCGGAUGCACAAGUCACAUGGUUCACUGACGGCAGCAGCUUUGUCCAGCAAGGUCAGAGGUAUGCGGGGGCAGCAGUAACAUCAGAAACUGAGGUGAUAUGGGCAGAGACUCUCCCCCCAGGAACCUCAGCCCAAAAAGCUGAAUUAAUUGCCCUGACCCAAGCUCUCAAGAUGAGCAAAGGCCAAAAAGCUACCAUAUACACAGACAGCCGGUAUGCUUUCGCUACCGCACAUAUACAUGGGGCAAUAUACCGAGAGCGGGGACUACUCACAGCAGAGGGCAAAGACAUCAAGAACAAAGAGGAAAUCCUGGCCUUGCUAGCGGCCAUAUGGGAACCCAAAAAGCUAGCCAUUGUACACUGCCCGGGGCAUCAAAAACCCACGAAUCCAGUCACCCGAGGCAACAAUUUGGCAGACCAGACGGCUCGAAAGGCGGCACACACUCCAAUACCAUUACUUCCCCUGCAACUGCCGGAUCCAGGCCCCCGCACCCACCCGCCAACCACUGGCAUCCGGGAGAGAGGAAACCAGCCUGGAGCCUACUGGGAAGUGGACUUCACGGAGGUAAAGCCUGGCAAAUAUGGGUAUAAAUAUUUACUGGUGUUUAUAGAUACCUUUUCAGGUUGGACUGAGGCAUUCCCAACCAAGAAUGAGACUGCACGAAUAGUAGCUAAGAAGCUACUAGAAGAGAUCCUGCCCAGGUAUGGCUUUCCAGUUAUGAUAGGGUCCGACAACGGGCCAGCCUUCGUUUCUAAGGUAAGUCAGGAUCUGGCUUCCAUACUUGGGGCUAAUUGGAAAUUACAUUGUGCAUACCGCCCCCAGAGUUCAGGACAGGUAGAAAGGAUGAAUAGAACUCUAAAAGAGACCUUGACUAAAUUGACCAUGGAGACUGGCGCUAACUGGGUAGUCCUACUCCCCUACGCUCUGUUUAGGGUGCGAAAUUCCCCCUAUAAGCUAGGAUUUACUCCCUACGAAAUAAUGCAUGGUAGGCCUCCUCCUAUCAUCCCUAACCUAAAGACUAACCUUAUCCAAUUGGACCCAGAAAAUAAUCUCCUGUCUUCCCUCCAAGCCUUACAGCGGAUACACGAGACAAUCUGGCCCAAACUAAAAGAGCUAUAUGCAACAGGACCCCCACCUACUCCACACCAGCUCCGGCCAGGUGACUGGGUCCUUGUCAAACGCCAUCGACAAGAGACCCUAGAACCCAGGUGGAAAGGACCUUACCAGAUCAUCCUGACAACGCCGACAGCCAUCAAGGUGGACAGCAUAGCUGCCUGGAUCCAUCACACACACGUCAAGCCGGUGGACCCAUUUUCUGACCUCAUCAAGUCCACUAAAGCUGACGUCACCUGGACUGUUGACCGGAGUAAGAACAAUCCCCUCAAACUGACUUUGCGCCGUACUCUCCCCCAUGAUGACCAAGGUACUGCUGAUAGCCCUAAUGAUAGUCCUAACCCUCAACCCUCGGGCCACGAGGGGAGGAUUCGGCCCUCCCCCCAAUAA